AGUUAUUAAGCCCAGGGAUGGCAGAUGGGAUUGCAGUUUAAGCACUAACGCUGCAAAAGGCAUAUAAGGUUUCCCAGAUGUUGACCUUUAAAGUGUUAGCCACCUGUUGCGUUUAAUCCUCUGCUUAUACCUCCAGUAUUUAACUGUGUCUUCAAAAGGUGUCAUAGUGGUGUGACGUGGUUAUCCCCUUAAUCUUCAAGAGAGCUGUCUGGAUUUAGGUAAUGAUGACCAUAAUCCCAUUUGGCACCUUGAGGGACUGCCAGGGUGAAUAUGAGGCAGAGUGAUUCGAACGAGCGCCGCUGACGUUUUCACCCCAAACACAGGAGGGCAGAGAGUCAAGAAGAAGUUUCACCUUCGUGAAAGUCAGUCUGCAGGAUGGGGAAUACUAAGAGCAGCGCUUUGUCGAAGGAGCUGCUGGACGAACUGAAAUCCAACACGAAAUAUUCAGAGUCCGAACUCUGCACCUGGUACCAGUCUUUCCUGAAGGAGUGUCCCGGUGGGAAGAUCAGCAAGCAGCAGUUUGAAGGCAUCUACGCCAGCUUCUUCCCAAACGCAGACCCCACAGAGUACGCACGGCACGUGUUCAGGAGUUUUGACACCAACGCAGAUGGCACUUUGGACUUUAAGGAGUACAUUGUCGCUCUGCACCUCACAUCCGGAGGAAAGACUCUGCAGAAGCUGGAGUGGGCCUUUGCCCUGUACGACGUGGACGGGAACGGAACCAUCAGCAAAAAUGAAAUCCUAGAGAUUGUUAGGUCAAUAUUCAACAUGAUUCCUACUGACGACCAGAAGAACCUCCCCGAGGAUGAAAACACGCCGGAGAAGAGGGCAGAAAAAGUCUGGGAAUUCUUCGGCAAGAAGGACAACGAUAAAAUCUCAGAGGGAGAAUUCAUUCAGGGUGUGAUGGACAACAAGGACAUCCUGCGGUUGAUACAAUAUGAUGAGCCUCAGAAAAUUAAAGACAAGCUGAAAGAGAAGAAGCAAUAAUAUAUUGGCUAAAUGCCCCUUUGUGUGAUUUUAAGACUUUUAUUUUUCUGUUUACAUUCUAACAUGAUCUGGCUGCUUGUCCGCUUUGACCCACGUCUCUCUCUUUUUCUAUUUUAUUAAUUUAUCUAUUUUUUGGUCCAAAACGUGUUGCUUUUUUGUCUUCGUACCCAGAAAACAAUUAAAUAAUUGCAUUUCAUACAAGAAAACAAAAGCUGGGGAACUCUUGAAAUGGCAAUUAAAGACCUGAGUUUGAAA